AUGAUACUGGUGGUUGGAUUAUUGUUUUUGGGUCUUACUGUAGCUGAUGCUCAAUGUAAGUUUGUUACCUACUCCUAGCUCAGAGCCCUAGCCCAGAGUCUUAGCCCAGAGCCCUAUGCCAGAGCUCUAGCCCAGAGCCCUAGCCCAGAGUCCUAGUCCCGAGCCCUAGCCCAGAGCCCUAGCCCAGAGCCCUAGCCCAGAGCCCUAAACCAGAGCCCUAGCCCAGAGCCGUAGCCCAGAGUCCUAGCUACAAGCCCUAGCCUAGAGCCUUAGCCUUAGCAGUAAAAGUCAGCACUUACAGUAUCUUGUGUGUACUGUCACAAAGGUGAAGACGAUAUUGAUGUAGCCAACUUGUACCGCUUCAUGAGCUACGACUCGUAUUACUACAAAGAAAAUUCAAAUGAAGAAUGUGGCAAGGAGAAUGCGACAAACCUGAAGUUUAUCAGUUGUUAUGGCCAAUGUGCGUAUGCCACGUUGUUCAAUACUGAGACCAACUACACUGCUAUCGCUACUGGAUGUUAUGAUGAGACUGCUGUAGGUUGAUAAUAAUUUCUAAUGUUUUAAAAGGAUUUUGAUGGUGGUACCUUAAAUGUUUACAUCUGGUACUUUAGAUAUUGUGUAUAGUAUGGUUGGUCAUCUCUUAAAAUAAAAAUUACAGUAAUUGUAGAUACCACAGUAAAAUAUUAUAUUACUUUUCAGCCCCCAAGCCCAAUUAUAAUCGAAGACCGUGGAGUAACUAAAGAGCUAAACAUUUACUCGUGCAGUGAAAAUGAAUGCAAUGCUGCUUUGGGUGAGUUUAUACCAAUAGAUAGGUCUGCCUAAGUGUGUUAUCUACCUUACGCUCAGAUCCUACCUUAUCUUUGAUCUCUACCCUACGUUUAAACCCUACCCGACUGUUUUACCCUACUUUUACUUUUUAUCCACCCUAAAGUUUUGCCCUACCCUCAAGUUUUAGCAUACCCUUAAAUCCUAAUUAAGGGUAUGCUAAAACUUGCUUUGCCUUGAAAUUCAAUGUUACCCUCAAGUCUACGCCUACUUUUAACUCUUAAUCUACUUUGAAGUUUUAUCCUUCCUUCAAGUUCUAUCUGAUCUUUAAGUCCAACCCUACCCUCAAGGCCAGUUUUACUUUUAAAGCCUCCCUGCCUUCAAAUUUUACCUUACCCUUAAAAUCAACCCUGUUUUUAUAUCUACCCUCAAGUUCUACUCUACCUUUAAAAUUUGCCCUGCCCUCUAGUGCUAUCCUACCUUUAAGUUUAACCCUACCAUCAAGUCCAAUCCCAUCAUUAAAUCUUACCGUACCCUCAAGUUCUACCAUAUUCUUUACUUCAACCCUACCUUCAAAUUUGCUCCUGUCCUUAAGACUUACUCUACCCCCAAACCCAACCCUAUUCUUAAACCUUUAAACCCUAUCCUUAAGUUAUAUUACGCUUUUAAACUUUACCCUGCCCUCAAGCGCUACUCUACUUAACUUUAAGUUCAACCACAGCCUUCGACUCUUACCUUAUCAUCAAGUUCAACCCUGCUCCCAAAUCUUGUUAUACUUUAUCUUUAAGUUCAGCUCUACUUUUAAGUCCAACCUUACCCUUAAACCCUACCCUACUUAUAAAUUUUACCCUGCCUUCAAGUCUACUCCUAUUCUCAAGAUUAACCCAACUCUUGUAUCCUACUAUCCCCUUAGGUUCUACCCUACUUUUAAAUCCUACCCUUCCCUCAAGUCUAACUCUAUUCUUAAAUCCUACCCUACCCUCAAGUCUAACUCUUCCCUUAACUUACCCUACCUUCAACUUCUACACUACCCUAACAGAUAACGUUAUCUUCUAUAACACUAUGCCUCACAUUAUCUUACCCAACAUCAUCUUUCAGAAUCCGCCCAAGAAAACCGCACGCGCACCAUGACUCCACGCCCCACCACUCCAGCCCCACCCACCCAAGCCCCCACUACCUUUCGUGUCCCAAUUUCUGGCGAAGGUGAGAAGAGCUCUGAAGAACUUUUGGUCAACAUUACAACAGUAGAGCCGUCGGCCAGUUUCGGAACCAACAGCUUCACCUUGUUCAACUUUAUCUUCCCCCUGAUCACGCUUUCUUUUUUAUUCUAG